GACAAACUUCUUUUUCUUCUUAAAUCCUCUGUCUCCAAGCGAAAUCGUUGUUCUUAACAAGACAGAAACACAACACAUUUGCUGCAUGAACUGGAGGAGCCUUUUUGUUUUCUUUCUUACAGUAUGACUCAUAUCAGAAAGAUUAUGCGGUCCAAGUUGAGAUCAUCUCUUACGACCGCAGUAGGCGGUGGAUCUCCAAAGCAGCAGGAGAUGAGUAACGUGGGAAGCAAGUUAAACGUGAACGAAGAAUACAUGGAAGCCUUCAGAACAAAGUCUUACGUAGAAAUAUGGAGUAAAGCUCAAGGCCAGAUGAGAAGAAAAGACGAAGACAGGUCCUCCUCCUCCUCUUUGCCGUCCCUCCCUUCCUCCCCACGUCUCUCCGAUUUCUUGCUCGAACCUCGCCAAGAUAUUCUAGUCGAAAUGAUAAAAAACUCCGACCAGCAUCGUCUUCUCACCGACUACUUCGACGGUAGCUUAGAAGCAUGCAGAAUAUGCGACUUCCUCCUGAAAAGCAUCGACCAAACACGAGCCAAUUAUCGCAUAAUCCGAAGGAUCAUCAGCCUAACCAAAAGGCUACCGGACUCCUGUGAUUACACCGACGAUCAAUGCAGACUUAUAUUCCGUGAUCUCGAUUCUUUCGCGAAGCUCAACAACCCACUUUCGGCCGGUUCUAGCCCAGUCGAAUUCCGUCUGGUUCAUGACAGAUACGGGUCGAUGCUCAAUCAACUAAGAAAAACACGAAAAAGGAUAAACAAGAGAGAAAAACUGAUUGGAUUAAGCAAGAAGGCUGCCGGUCUGGGCCUCAUCGUUGCUUGCGGUGCAGUCUCAGUAAUCACACUGGUUCUGGUGGUUCACACGUUGGUGGGCAUCAUAGCGACCCCUGCGCUACUCGCUUUCUCUGUGAAUGCCACGAAGAAGAAGAUCAAGUCCGCCCGAGUUGGGCUUAAGACAAGCAUGCUAGCCAGGCUCGGCGCACAGCUUGAUGCGGCGGCCAAAGGGGUUUACAUACUGAAUAGGGAUUUUGACACCAUCAGUGGGCUUAUGGUGAGGUUGCAGGAUGAGAUAGAGCACGGAAGGGUGAUAGCUGGGAUGGUUGUGAAGAACCAGACGAGGCGGAUAUUGAAGGAGGUGGUGAGAGAGUUUCAAACCCAUGAGUCUUGCUUUCUGGAGCAGCUUGGAGAGCUUGAAGAACAUGUUUACCUGUGUUUCCUCACCAUCAACAGAGCUAGAAGUCUUGUUGUACAAGAAAUAAUUAAUGGCGCACCAGACCCACCCAAAAACACUAGAAGAUUCAAAUUGAAUAAUAUCAGAAGCUAAGCUAGGUAUUAUUGUGAUAGAGAAUAGAUACUGGCAAUCAAAGCUUCAAGCUUUACAGAAUGAGUUUUCCUUAGUGCAU